AAUAAAUUAUGAAAAGUCGGUUGAGCAAACGAGUGGGAGUGUGUUACGGAAAAGUUGUUUUGAUGGAGAAAUAAUGUUUUCCAUUUUAUUUCAAAUUAAAGGCUGUUUAGGGUAAACUUUUCGCUGCUGCUUCUGUUGUUACCGUCUUCGUUUUGCAACCGCUCGGGAGAGGGACAUUUUCGUGGCAACCGUCGAUAGAAUUGGAAGUAAAAUCUGUGGCGGCGGAGGUGAUAGUUUUCUAAACGUUUUCCACCGCGUUAACGGUAGACUGAGUUAAACCGAAGUACAUGGGACAAAACUUGUUUAAAUUUAGCAUGUGUUUAUGAACGUUCAGGAAUUGUAAAUGCGGGACUCGUGCAAUAUCGAUGAAUUUCACAGUGAAGGGAGCUGUCUUGAACAUGGAAUCUAAUAAAUCGUUUUUCAUACGGGAUCUACUCGGAGAUUUAAUUUCCAAUCAACAAACUAACGAAUCACAGCAUGGUGGCCUCAUGUCGGAAACCGACGAGGACGACAACAGCGAUAUUGACAUCGAGGACCGUUCAUCGCCAGAGUCAACGCUGCUCUCCGGUUAUAGUCAUCAUAACCAUCACCACCACCAGCAGGAUUUGGGUUCUUGCGGUAGCACUGGAGCGUUGAUAUCCGGCAAUCAUCAGAGGAUUGUUUCCAGUAAUGGUACACUUGGGAGUGAAUCAUCAAAUGGAUUGAUUUUGAAGGCAGGUAGAAAACCGAGGCGACGAAGAACCGCCUUCACACAUGCUCAGCUGGCCUAUCUGGAGCGGAAGUUUAGGUGCCAAAAGUAUCUAUCCGUGGCGGACAGGAGCGAUGUUGCCGAUGCUCUCAACCUGUCCGAGACGCAAGUUAAGACGUGGUACCAAAAUCGAAGGACAAAGUGGAAAAGGCAAAAUCAAUUGCGACUAGAGCAACUGCGACACCAGGCUUCUUUAGAAAAGGAGCUGAUUAGCAGCCAAGAAGCGCCGACAAACCCUAUUCAGUGCUGCCCUACCUCGCUGUCAUCAUUCACUCAGAAUCCGUGUAAUUUCCUUACUUCUGCCGCAGCAGCGGCAAUUUUCCGUAACGUCUCCUAUGCACAUGGUUGUCCUCUUUAAUUCAAGUACCCUCAUUACCACACGCUACUAAAUGUAAAUAACCGACUGAUUUUCGACACCGCAGAUUAGAGGGCACGUUGUGUUUGAUAUAAUGUUAUGUGUAUAGAUGAUAAAUUGUAAAUAGCUCGGUGUUUGUUAUUAUGUCAAUAAUAAAUCUCUGAUGAUUAUGA